AUGACAGUUGUCAAUAUAAUAGUAAGGGGUAUUGGCAGUUAAUUAAAUAAGGGAGGACCAACUUAAAGCCAAGAUAAUAGAAAAAAAUAGAAAAAUUUGAGCAGAUCAAAAAAAGAGCCACAAGACCCAAGCUAUAAAUUAACAUAAACACACAAUAUUUAGAAAAUAUUGUUGAUUUAUUUCCCUAGGCCUUAAAAAAUUAUAUUAAUGCAAAAUCUCUUAAAAGGCUACAAUGA